AACAAAUUCGUUGGCUGUUCGUUGCCGGAUCCUCCCACACAUGACCCCCGUCCCCUUGUCGGCUCAUCGAAGGCAACGGCGACGGCAACCUCGGCUCGCCGGCAGCCAACGCCGUCCACGUCCCUACCCUAACGCCACCGUCACUCGCUUCCAUUGCUCGCGCCCAUCGUCGCCAUGCUUCUGCGGCGGCUGGCUGCGGUAAUCUUGCUCCUCCUGUUCUCUCGGGACGUCGCCGGCGCCCAAGAGUUCGUGUACGACGGCUUCGCCGCCGGCAAAGUGGCGACCACCGACGCGGCCGUGGUCACCCCGUCCGGCAUUCUCCAGCUCACCAACGACACCAAGGAGACGCUCGGCCACGGCUUCUACCCGGCGCCCCUCCGCUUUCGGGACGCCAACACGGGCGCGCCCGUCUCCUUCUCCACCACCUUCGUGCUCGCCAUCGCGCCACGGUACCCAGACGCGCACGGCCACGGCAUCGCCUUCGCACUCGCGCCGUCCGUCAACGUCCCGGGCGCCGUCGCCGGCAAGUACCUCGGGCUGUUCAAUACGUCAAACAGCCUGGGCAACGGCACAAGCCAGAUCGUGGCCGUCGAGCUCGACACGGUCAUGGACAUGGAGUUCAAGGACGCCGACGACAACCAUGUCGGCGUCGACGUCAACAGCCUCCACUCCGUCAACUCGGCCACCGCCGGGUACUGGCACGACGACGGCUCCGGUGGGAGGAGAUUCGACAACAUCAGCCUGACCGGCGGCAGCGAGGCGCCUGUGCAAGUGUGGAUCGAGUAUGACGGUGACAGCGCGCGCCUCGAGGUGACCGUGUCGCCGGCGGGUGAGCCCAGGCCGGCCCUCCCGCUCUUGUCGUGCCACGUCAACCUCUCGUCGGCAGUGGCCGAAGAUACCUACGUCGGCUUCUCGGCGGCGAACGGCGCCGCCAUGAGCUCGCAUUACGUUCUUGGCUGGAGCUUUCGCCUCGGCGGAGGCCGCGCGCCGGACCUCGACCUCUCCAAGCUCCCGAGGCCCCCGUCGCCGCCGGGACCAUCCAAGAAGAGGAUGUCGCUUCUACUACUCCUGAUACUGCUCCUCCUGGCUGUCCUGCUCCUGCUCCUGGUGUCGGCGGCCAUCGCGAUGUUCGUCGUGCGGCGGCAACAGUGGCGCCGACAACGCCAGGAGUUCUCCGAGGAGGAGGAAGGCUGGGAGAUGAUAGAUUACAGCCCACACAGGAUCAGCUACAAGGACCUGCACGACGCCACCAAUGGCUUCCGCGACGUCAUCGGCGUGGGCGGCUUCGGCCGCGUGUACCACGGCGUGCUCCCGAGGUCCGGCGUCGAGGUCGCCGUCAAGAAGGUGUCCCACGGGUCGCAGCAGGGGUUGCAGGAGUUCGUGUCGGAGAUCACGAGCAUGAGCCGGCUGCGCCACCGCAACCUGGUGCAGCUCCUCGGCUACUGCCGGCGGCGCGACGAGCUGGUGCUCGUCUACGACUACAUGCCCAACGGCAGUCUGGACCAGCACCUGUUCGGCCGCGCCGCGCCGGGGCUGAGCUGGGAGCAGCGCGCCAAGAUCGUCCGGGGGGUCGCCGCCGGACUGCUGUACCUGCACGAGGGGUGGGAGCAGGUGGUGGUGCACCGGGACAUUAAGGCCGGCAACGUGCUCCUCGACGCCGACAUGAACGGCAAGCUCAGCGACUUCGGCUUCGCGCGGCUCUACGACCACGGCGGCGACCCGCAUGCGACGCACGUGGUCGGCACGCUCGGGUACAUCGCGCCGGAGAUGAGCAAGACCGGCAUGGCCACCACGAGCUCCGACGUCUUCGCCUUCGGAGCCUUCCUGCUGGAGGUGGCGUGCGGCCGCAGGCCCGUGGUGUUCACCGUGGACGCCGACGGCGACUCGCCGUCACCGGCGGGGAUCGUCGAGCUCGUCCUCCAGCGCUGGAAGGCCGGGAAGAUCACGCAGGCUCGGGACCCGAGGAUCGGCGAGUGCGACGAGGACGACCUGGAGCUGGUCCUCAAGCUGGGGCUGCUCUGCUCGCACCCCGACCCAGAGCGCCGGCCGGGCAUGAGGCAGGUGGUGCAGAUGCUGGAACACGCCGUGCCCCCGCCAGAGAUGUCGCCGGAGGUUAUCAGCGAGAGCAUGAAGCAGUUCGAGCACCAUGAGGCUUUCGACGAGUUCGUCGGAAUGUCAUUCCCGUCGACGUCCGAGGUCACCACCGCCACGACGCAGCAAUUCUCAAACGGCAGCCGUCCUCGUAGUGACUUCCAUUCAAGCUAGAUUAGCAAAUACAGCAGCAAGCAGUACGUUGUGAAAAACAACUUGUGAAA